AUGGAAAGCGAGUCCCAGUCUGGUCUGGAUAUGCUCAUGUCGUUUGUGGAAAAGGCAGAACUUCCGCGCGAAUGGGUUCGGGAUUUUGCCGCGACCUCUGCCGACGACGACAAAGCGGCGGCUUCUACGGAAGAUGUGCAAGCUGCCGAAGAGAUGCGCAAGGUGUUUGCGCAGGUCAAGGCCAACGUCGCCCGCGCCGUCGUGGCCAUCUCGGGCGACGACACCAAUAUGGUCGAGCUUUUCAGCGGGUCAUCUGGUUUCAUCGGUCGACUCAAAGCAUGGAUUCGAUACGACCCAAAGACGCGCGACGAUGUGGUCAGCUGUGGCAUGUUGGCGCUGGGCAAUUUAGCCAGAAGCGAUGCCCACUGCCUCAGCCUGGUGCAAGAGCACGAGCUUGCUCCCUUCUUGGCGUCGUUCUUGGCGCAGGCGGACGACAUUAAGGUCGCACACGGCUUGGUGUCGCUGCUCAAAAAUUUGUCGAUCCCGGCGGCGAACAAGGCGAUAAUUGGACAGCUGGGAGUCAUUGAUGCUGUGGUGCGCUUCUUGAACCGCGACAAGGACAUGGUGCAGCCUCUUCAGUUUGCGACAGUGGGCCUGCUCAAGCAUCUGUGCGCUGGUGUCACGGCGAACGCGGUCCGCUUUGUCGAUGGCGACAGAGGCAGCAGCCGCCGUGGUGAUUCGCUUAAUGCGCUCAUCGAUAUGAUCCAGCGCAUCGACGAUGUGCCCACUAAGAUGGAGGCGACGCGUGUGCUGGUGAACGUGGUCAAGAGUCUCUGGACAAGCGCACGCAGCAGUGACAGCAGCGAGGCUCCGGCACUCACGGAAGAAGCCGUGCUCGCAGCGCGGAGCCGAGUGGUGCGAAGGGACGUAAUCCAGGCGCUGGCCGAGAUGGUGCGAACGAGUCCCAAGUAUCCCGUGCUAGUCAAUGAGGGUGUCAUUGCAUUGACCUUGGUGGGGAGCGACAGGAUGGGCGCCGAGCUGGUGAGCUUGUCGCUGCUUGCUGAGCCCAACAAAGCGAAAGCAGACGAGGACGAGGACGAAGCGAUGGCAUCGGACAACGAGAUGGAUGCAUUGCGCACAUCGCGUCGACGAUCGACGGUGGACAGCUCUGCCUCGACGUCGUCACAUCCUUUGCCGCCGCCCGAGCGCGCGCUGGACAUGGUCAAUCUGGUGCUGGCGAGACGAGAUGCGCGCAUGCCUCCGCAAUUUGCAAGCAAUGCUUGCGCACUUGUUUUGAGCUUAUGCCAUGCAACGCAGGGGGCGACGAGCAGCACGGGGGCAGUGGGGCAAGAGGCGGUCGGGCGUGUCGCUACACAAACGCAAGCGGCGUUACAACAGCUCAAGGAUCAGGGGCCUACGGAAGCGCUCUCUGCUGCUGCUGAUGCGUUGGAGGCUGUGUCCAAGGCGGCCGUUGCUGCCUGA